UAGAACGGCUCGAGCUGACAGAGUUUUAAAGGCUUUUGAUUAAUUGCACCGGAGUGAAACACUUGUCAGCUCUUUGUGUUCCCCGAUAAAUUAGAGGCUCAGGAGACUUUACGCAGUCAUUCAGGUGAGGAAGCUGCGUGUGCGCGGACAUAAAUGCACCUUAUAUAUUUUUUUUUUUACAACGAAAGGGACUAUUAAACAGGAUUUUUGCUGAGCUCUGGAGCUUUUCAUGCCUUGAUGUGUUUUUAAGACAACACUUUUAACAAUAAUACAGGUUAAGAAGUGAUUUCAGUGGUUGGAAGACAGUCGAUCUAUAUGGAUGGCAUUGUGACAGUUAGGGAUGACAGUCCCGCAUCAAGCCCUAACUCGAGCCCCAGUCCUGACACGCUCUCAGCGGACAGCCGGCGCGCAGAGGCCCUGUCCCGCUCCAGGGUGGUCCCGUCUAGUGUCCUCGGUGGCAGAGGAAGACCCGCGGCAACCAACGCAGCGCGCGAAAGGACUCGCGUGCAGACGCUCAGGCACGCUUUCCUCGAGCUACAGAGAACAUUGCCGUCGGUGCCCCCGGACACCAAACUCUCCAAACUCGACGUCUUGAUAUUGGCAACCACAUACAUAGCGCAUUUAACAAGAACCUUGCAAGAGGAAGGGAUGGAAGAGGACAACACAAAACAAACUGAAGCUUUGAACUCACUUAAGGGGGAUGGCUACUUACACCCUGUGAAAAAAUGGCCAAUGCGUUCCAGAUUAUAUGUCGGUGCCACUGGCCAGUUCCUGGAUAACUCAAAUGAAAAUCAAGAGGCAUCUUCGUCAUCCUCUCAAACAUAGAUCAUUUGCACAUAAGACUUUUGGAGGUAAUGAUAAAAAAUGAAGAAUAAAAAUAGAGUUGUCGUUUUAGUAAUUUUGUUGCAGUCUGUAAAAUUUAACAAAGUUGUUUUACGCGGCAAGUGAACCAGAUUCAUUGAAAGUAUUAUCAUUAUUGUGCCAUAUGACAACUGAGUAUUGUGCAUAUUAAUAUAAACAAAUGAUUUCAAAUAUGUAAAUAAGAUUAAAAUAUUAAACAAUGUGUUAUUUUUAUCCGUGGGUUUAUUUCUGUUUCUGCAGUUCUGUACUUGUACUUUAUCUGAAAUUCCGUGUUUUGGGUUCAGUUAUGCUUGAACUGUCGGCUGUGCACUUUCUGUUACAUUUGCACUAAAUGCAUGUGUGAAUAAUCUAAACAUUCGUCAUGUG